AAAGAAGCCCAUAAAUGGCACUCAUGAGGAGGAGACAUGGGAAGCAGUUUCCUUACUCUAUCAUAAAUAGUAAAACCUGUAAACAACAUAGUCCGCUUCAAAUAUUUUACUUUAAAUGAGUUAAGUAAAGCAUGUGUUUUUCUGCAACCAUCGUUUACAUGGUGGAUUGGUGAAGUGUGUGAAGUUGGAGGUAGAUGUAUUAGAGCACCACCCUCGGAAGAAGGGUAGUAUUGGAAUAUUAUUAACCUUUGAAGAAGUGGCAGAAAGUUUCAUUGACCUUUUUGAGAGCUUACUUGUGGUCCGUAACGGCUGAUGGCAACUGUUCAGUAGUCACAGGACAAGAACGCACCCUCCAAACCCAGCACUUAAACCUCUCUCACUUUCUCUUAUCUUUUCUUCUCUCUCUCUCUCUCUCUCUCGUAUUAUCUCUCUUCACACUUUGCUUUUGUACCAAUGCAAUAAGAGGAGAAGCAAUGAAAUUGAAGAAGCAUUUUCUUUUAUGUCAAGAACGAAUUGGAUGUUGAUAAGCAGUGUUGAUCUGUUACUUUCUGUGGGAGGCUGAGAACGAUGCCAAGCCAGCUAUGGUUUGCACUGCCAAUGAUUUACAAGAAUGGAAAGAUUUUCCCAAAGGGCUCAAGGUUCUUCUCCUUGAGGGAGACAGAACUUCUGCUGCCGAGAUAAGAGCAAAGCUUGAGGCCAUGGACUAUAAUGCCUUGUCAGCAAUCUCAAGUGGACCUGAAAGCUUCCACAUUGCCAUAGUGGAGGUGAGUUCAAGCAGCCAGGGAGGUUUCAAAUUUCUUGAGAAUGCCAAGGACUUGCCAACCAUUAUGACUUCUAACAAUCAUUGCCUGAACACCAUGAUGAAGUGCAUAGCGCUUGGUGCAGUUGAGUUCCUCAACAAACCACUCUCCGAGGACAAGCUCAGAAAUAUCUGGCAGCAUGUGGUUCACAAGGCAUUCAGUGCUGGGGAAAGCAUCCUGUCUGAAUCACUAAAACCAAUCAAAGAAACUGUAAUGGCCAAGUUGCAAACAGACAACGAACAACAUGAAGGUAGAGUCUCUGAAAAUGGAUCCAGGUUUACUGAUAAUGACGACCAUGAGCAGUCUCCUGGAAAUGAUAAAUAUCCAGCUCCUUCAACCCCACAAUUGGAACAAGGGACAAGAUUGUUGGAUGAUGGUGAUUGCCAAGAGCAGACUAAUUGCUCAACAGAAAAAGAAAGUGGGGGGGAACAUGAUGGAGAAUCUAAAUUUGUCGAAACUACAUGUGGAAAUUUGAAUGCUGAAAGUACUCCUCAACAAAGGAAAUCCGAAAGCACUUCGGUUAAGGAUGAAGAGGAUUUUGCUGAUGCUUCCAAGAAUGAGAGUAUUGCUUCUCCACAUACUCAAAAUACAAAAGGUGUCAGCAACAUUGAAAGACAUACAACAUCUUCAAAUAAAGUAGGCAUUCAUGGUGAUUCAUAUGAAAUAAAAAUUAAUCGCAAAAAGAUGAAAGUAGACUGGACGCCUGAGCUGCACAAAAAUUUUGUGAAGGCAGUGGAACAACUAGGCAUUGAUCAAGCCAUUCCUUCUCGAAUAUUGGAAUUAAUGAAGGUGGAGGGCUUGACAAGGCAUAAUGUGGCAAGCCAUCUUCAGAAGUAUAGAAUGCAUAAGAGACAUAUCUUGCCCAAGGAAGAUGAUCGUAAAUGGUUGAAUCAAAGAGAUACAAUGCAAAGGAGUUAUUGUCUUCAAAGACCAAUUAUGGCCUUUCCUCCAUAUCAUUCUAAUCACACCCUUUCUCUGGCUCCUGUAUAUCCUAUGUGGGGACAAUCUGGCAAUCAAACAGCUGGCAUGCAUAUUUGGCACCCUCCUGGUUAUCCCUUGUGGCAGCAGCCUACCGAAAAUUGGCAAUGGAAACCGUUUCCAGGGAUGCAUGCAGAUGCAUGGGGCUGCCCAGUGUUACCAGUACAGCCUCCUCAAGCUCCUUGCUUUCCCUACUCUUCGAAUAUGCCUGCAUUGCUCAAUGCUGAUGCAGUGGAUCACACGUGUAGCAUGCCACAAAGUUCUGUCGAGCAUUAUCCGGCAGAAGAGGUAGUUGACAAAGUUGUGAAAGAGGCAAUAAACAAGCCAUGGCUACCCUUGCCUUUGGGCCUCAAACCUCCUUCCACAGAUAGUGUGAUGGCUGAGCUUUCAAGGCAAGGCAUUUCCAGCAUUCCUCCUGCCACCAAGGGUUCUAAUUCUGGCUGACAUUCACCAGAGAUGAUGAUUACCCACCAAAGAGUGUUUCUGAUGGUGACAAACUAAAAGGGUCCACUACCUCAACACCCUGUUGUAAUUAUUUUGUUUUCUCAAAUUUUAUGAGGUUCCAAGUAGUUAUAGUUUGGCUGGGAAUAGGAGUUGGGACCAUUUGAUUUCCCUUAUUUGGACCCCCAACACACCCCACCACCAACCAAUUUAAGGUCUAUCCUACGCUGUUGAGUGUUGAUGAUGUCAGGUCGUACAAUUCCAUGAUGCAACAACCAAGUAGACAUUGAUCCUAUCCCUCAGUCACAUGUGCCAAAAUAAAUGAAC